AUGAGAUCAAUCAGAAGCUACGAAUCUGCCUGUGAUGCUCAGAAUGGGAAUGGCACUGAUUUGCCGAUAAUGUAUUUUCUUCUUCUUCUCCUCCUCCUCCUCCAGCCUCAGACAAUACAGCAGACUGUCAAGAGGACCCUGCAGCAUUACGAGCACCAAGUUAUUGGUUACAGGGAUGCAGAAAGGAAUUUCCACAAUAUCUCCAACAGAUGCUCCUAUGCAGACCAUUCCAACAAAGAGGAAAUUGAAGACAUCUCAGGAAUUCUUCAGUGCACUGCUAAUAUACUCGGUUUGAAGUUUGAGGAAAUCCAAGAAAGAUUUGGCGAGGAGUUCUUUAAUAUAUGCUUCGAUGAGAAUGAGAGAGUCCUUCGAGCUGUGGGUGGCACAUUGCAGGAUUUUUUUAAUGGCUUUGAUGCUUUGUUGGAACACAUUAGAACUUCUUUUGGGAAACAGGCAGCUCUGGAGUCGCCAUCGUUCCUGUGCAAAGAGCUCCCUGAAGGCACGCUGAUGCUCCACUAUUUCCACCCUCACCGUACCGUGGGGUUUGCAAUGCCGGGGAUGAUCAAGGCCGCAGCCAAGAAGAUCUACAGGCUGGACGUGGCGGUGGAGCAAGUUGCCAGCGAGAAGCUGGGCUCUGAUGCUUCGAACCCGGGCAACUGCGGCUGUCUUACCUUCCUCAUCAAAGAAUGUGAUGACACCAACAUCACGAAGAACCUUCCCCAGGGCACCUCCCAGGUCCCCGCAGACCUCAGAAUCAGCAUCAGCACCUUCUGCAGAGCCUUCCCUUUCCACUUGAUGUUUGACCCCCACAUGUCCGUGCUUCAGCUGGGGGAAGGCCUGCGGAAGCAGCUGCGCUGCGAUACCCACAAAGUGCUCAAGUUCCAGGACUGCUUCGAGAUCGUGUCUCCCAGGGUUCACGCCGCCUUCGAGAGGGUCCUGCUGCGCCUGUCCACCCCAUUCGUGAUCAGGACCAAGCCCGAGGCUUCUGGCACUGAACACAAAGACAAGGUGAUGGAAGUCAAAGGACAGAUGAUCCAUGUCCCGGAAUCAAAUUCCAUCUUAUUCUUGGGCUCUCCGUGUGUGGACAAGCUGGAUGAGCUCAUGGGCCGAGGGCUGCAUCUCUCAGACAUCCCGAUCCAUGAUGCCACCCGAGACGUCAUUCUGGUUGGUGAGCAGGCAAAGGCACAGGAUGGCUUGAAGAAGAGGAUGGAUAAAUUAAAGGCAACUUUGGAAAGAACUCACCAGGCCCUGGAAGAAGAAAAGAAGAAAACAGUAGAUCUUCUAUAUUCUAUUUUCCCCGGUGACGUCGCCCAGCAGUUGUGGCAAGGACAGCAGGUGCAGGCCAGGAAGUUUGACGACGUCACCAUGCUCUUCUCAGACAUUGUCGGCUUCACGGCCAUCUGUGCCCAGUGUACCCCCAUGCAGGUGAUCAGUAUGCUGAAUGAACUAUACACCAGGUUUGACCACCAGUGUGGAUUUCUGGAUAUUUAUAAGGUGGAAACAAUAGGUGAUGCGUACUGUGUUGCUGCAGGACUCCAUAGGAAAAGCCUCUGCCAUGCUAAGCCCAUUGCUCUGAUGGCCCUCAAGAUGAUGGAACUUUCAGAAGAGGUGCUGACACCUGAUGGAAGACCAAUUCAGAUGAGGAUAGGCAUUCACUCGGGUUCCGUGCUCGCUGGAGUUGUUGGGGUGAGAAUGCCGCGAUAUUGCCUGUUUGGAAAUAACGUCACCCUGGCAAGCAAAUUCGAAUCAGGAAGUCACCCUCGGCGUAUCAAUGUCAGCCCCACCACUUACCAAUUAUUAAAACGGGAAGAAAGUUUCACAUUCAUUCCUCGGUCCCGUGAAGAGCUUCCAGAUAACUUUCCAAAGGAAAUCCCUGGGAUCUGCUAUUUCCUGGAGGUAAGGACUGGUCCUAAGCGGCCAAAGCCUUCUCUUUCCGCCUCGAGGAUGAAAAAAGUUUCCUACAACAUCGGCACCAUGUUCCUCCGGGAGACAAGCCUCUGAGACCUACUGCAGAUCAAAGACUCCUCCAAAAAGCACAAGCCCAGAACAUGGGUCAAGACAGGAGAGUGGAAAGAGAUGGUUUCUCUUUCGCUACUUUGCUGAGAACAAGCAGCAGAAUUUCUGUGUUAUGUUAGGCAAUAAUCCUAGAAAAAGGUGGAUGAUGACUGUCAAUUAAGAAAAGAAUGGAGGGUGGGUAGUGAGAUGUGUCCAUUCAUGUGAGUGUUUUUUGGUCAUAUAUAUAUAUUUUAAGUAUGGGCCCCCUUUCAAAACUAACUAAUAAAUAGAUUCUGUGUUUUCGUGUUUGUCACACAUACAGGUAUCUUUCCCCAUUUAUCUAUAUCACUUCUGAGAGCCAGUUUUGAUGAUAUAUUCCUACAUUUAGUGAGUUGGUAUGUGAAGAAUAUUUUCUAAUUUUGUUUUUCUGAACAGACAUUUCAUACAUACAUCAUGGCAGUGUGGUCAACUUCCCAGCAGGAAGAACUGUAACUCAGCAAAAUAUUUUAGGGAUAUUACCUAUUUUUAUACAUCUCUCUUCUUCUGGAUAAUUACAUUUCACACAACAUUACUCGAUUUUCAGAAUCUGCUACUGUGUAGUUGGUAUAUUAUGUAACUGUAACCUAUUAACCAAACAUAGUUUCACUUACUUAGACAGAUUAGUGCUUGGACUGAGAAUACAUAUAACCAAGGACUUCAGAUGCUGAGAAAGCAUUGUAUGUCUGCUUAGUAAAUAUAUCUUUUAGAUUUAAUUAAUGUAGCUUGGAAUCCAGAGGAAAUAGAAUUUCCCAAUAACAGAUUUAUCUGUAACUAGGAUUACAGAAAGGUCUUGUUGCCAUCUUCUAACAAACAUCAGUUAAAACGAAAUGCUUUGCUGCAUUGGACCCGUUUCAACUUAGCACUUAUAAAAUAGCUAGCUUGUACAAUGUACUCAACUAUAUUCUAAUGAACAGCAUCCCUACUCCUCCUCCCUCUUCCCACACUCCGCCCGCUGGAUGCCUCCUAAGGGCUACCUGUCACUCUGGGAGCAAAUGCCAAGAUGCUGGCAUUAGUGAGAAAGGCACUGGAGGACAUUUUGCCAAGAAUGUUGUUUCUUCUUGCAAAAUAAGGGUGGGGGAACCCUGUGUUUAUGGCUUUGAGAUUGGGGGAAAAAAAAAGAAUUUUUCUUCUGCAGUUUGAUCGAUGUGGCUCUUAAAUUCAGUGACUCCCCUUCAUGAGCACUGAAGUAGGUCCAGCCCCCAGGCCCAGCCAUUGCCACAGUGACAGAUGGGCUUCUGUCGCAUGCGGUGCUAAAAUGAAGACCUGUUCCCCCUAAUUAGCAUGCAUGACAAUAUCAUCACAGACUCACCCUGGAAUUAGCAGCACAGCACAUCCAGAGUUUUUCUAUUUUGGAUCUAAUAUAAAACCCAAGUUUCUACUGAGGUUAAUGAACUGGAAAUACUUGUUUCCAUGAAACCUUGGAGUGGCCGUUUCCUCCAGACGGUAUACUCAUUGAGAGCUUAUGUCUCCUGAAUGUAAGAGAGUGAUUUCUCGGCGUUAUGAUUUGUUUAUGCCAUAACUCAGCUGCGGGGCGUAUUAACUAGUGUCUAAUGUCGUCUCUGAGGCUUGUUAGUGUUUUUAAGUUCUCUAAGUGUGUAACUAGAAAACAUUUAUAGAUAUGCCAAGUAUUUGUUAAAAUGAUGAUCACUUUGGUAAUCGUUGAACUCUGCUCUCACGCCAAGGCUUAUGGGGACACCAGUGCCACACUCAGUGCGGAGACAGGAUCUAGACCCUGAGCUUUCGGAAGCCUUGCUUGUCCUUCUCCUCCCUGGGUGUAGGUCUCUGUUUUUAACAACGUGGGGGGCCAGAAGGUCAGUGUGUUUAUUUUAGGGGAGUUUAAUAGGUUAAGGAUAGGGUGCUCUCGAGGGGGUAAUUACACAGGAAUUUCUUCAAGGGACUGGGAGAUUAACCCACUUCCUUCAUGUGGAACAAGGGGGAGGUUACAGCCAGUGCGGAUGGAACAGGCUGGGAGCACCUCAGUCCUCACACUGAGAACAGACCACACUUUAGCCCUGUGUUCUGUACAGCACAGCAAUGGGGGGAGAACCAAGCUUCACUGACGUAAUUUACGCCUAUUCUGCAUAGGAACUUAGAGCUUAUUAUGAUAAACUAAGUCAGUAAACAUUUUGGUGGUAAGCAAUGUGUUUGUUUCAUAACCAUAAGGCUGCAAGGGACUUCCACUAAUCAUCCAACCUAUUUCUCUGCUUUUUGUAAAGAUUUGUCUAAGCAAGUAUUCUAGAUAUAUGAUCAUUCUCUCUAUACUUAAGAAUAUCUGUGGGAAGCAUAUUUUAGAAGCAUCAUUGAAAAUCCCCUUCAUUAUCCAGUAAUUGGUGGUAGGGCCCAAGACAUGAAUUGUAUACACAUUUAAUUUGUCGAAAGAAUAGCAAACUCUUUUAGUUAUGGUUCUACUUAGAGGAGAAGUAGCCAUUUGCAUUGUCACAGAUGUCACAAUGGAAAAUACACCAGACAUCUAUUAUAUAUCACAGGAUGUAAACUGCACUUUUCAAACAAUGUAAUCUAAGUGUACCUUUGAAGCUACAGCCUGAAGCAAUAGUCCAAUCUGUUACCAUUUUGCCAACCUACUACCACUGAUUAUCAGUUACACUGUUGCUAUGUGUUUGCAAGUUACGGCAUAAGUGGCUGUUCCUUCUAGCUGCACUCCUGGAAGUUAGAAGCUGUGAAAAACUAUGACAUUUUUAUUUGUCCUACAUAAUAGUCUACAUAACCUCCACUUAGGAAUUGUGGCUGCAACAUUGGGUCACAGUAUUUCGUCUAAUAUCUGUACAGUAUUCUUACCUAAAAAUUAUUGCAAACAUCAUGCAUUUUAUUGUGGCAGAUUAAAAGGAAUGUGCAUGGAUGUCCUGUUAGAAGUCAAGUGGUAUUAGGCAAAUGGCUUUAACCCACUCUAAAAGGGAUACGUGAAAUAUAAUUUGGCACUUAUAGCUCCUCUGGUUUAGUGGUUUUUUAGGCAGCUGAUUUGAGGAAGUCACUUUAUGACUAGGCAUCGGGAAUAGGGACUCAUAUUGGCGUCAGUAUUAUUUUGAUAGAAACAAAGUCACAUGCCCCCAUGUGUACCCCAAACAGUGCACAGUAUGUGCUUUGGGAAUCUUAAUAAAUAGGUAACAUUAGCCAUGAUAAAAAAAGAAUACUCGUCAACGCCUGCACAACAUAUUGUUGGGUCUCUCGGCUCUGCAGUGCAGGACGGUGAGGGGAAGAAGAUAAAGCUUCUGUAUAACAGGCGACCAGACUGUCUGAAACCUGCCUUGAUGGUCAUCUCUUCUACUUUAAAUUAUUUUGGAUUUCCCUUUUAAUAUAUGACUCUGGGGAGGCCCGUGAGCCAUGACCUGCUAUGACUCUGAGGCAGGCCCCUCUGCCUGAGACUUCGAGUGGGCCGUGGAUCUGGCACUGCAAAUGCGAACUCUCACGGUCUCACGCUCUUGUCCAGGGAUAACAGUAUCAGAGACAUAGUUUUCUGUUGUUACAGGGCAACGUGUGCCUCUCCAGGAAACACAGAGCAAAGCAAGGCAACAACUUAUACAAAAAUCUCAUUCACAAGUGAAGCAAGGCUUUUUUGCAAAAUGCUCCAAAGAUUUCCAGCAAUAAAGCAAGAUUAAAUUGAUUGAUACAUACAAAAGGCAAAGCCUCAGAGUUUGGAAAACCACCAAGCUCUGUGUUUUGAAUAGAAAUACUGCUACCAGUUGAAAUCCUGUAUUUGAGGUUAGGAGAUAUCAAGAAGGAACUCCAGAUCAAGACUGUCAUUAAAUAUAUUCACUGAAGGCUCCUGGGGGUCCUGGCUUGCUGAGGGCAGGUGUUAUGGAUCAACAGGGCAGAGGAUAAAACUUGUACACGUAGGUUUCUGUCUUACACAUUUUGAGCACUCCUGAGCCCAUGCCCAGACCCUGUCUACGCCAUACUGUCACUGGAAACCAUCUCACUCCCUCAAACCUGGCCCCAGCAAACACUGGCCUCUCUCCACCUCUGAACCUAAUGCAGCCACAGCAAGAGUUGCUGAUGCCUGUCUCAGGCAGACAGGAAGGCCCACAGAGCCCCGGGCCAAGUAACAAUGCACUUCUGAAGUCAACUAACCAUUCCAGUUGUGCUGGGCCAUUGCUAACAUCUGCAGCUUUUCCCUGUGCUUUUUGUUCCAAAUAUAGUCUGACUCCAAGCACUUAGUGUAACUUUACUGAAAAUUCAUUCAAAAUGAAUUACAUAUAUGACCAUUAUAUAUGAACCUGACUAGGCUUUGGGUGACACCAGAGCCUUUCAGCCAACAAAAUACCUAGAAACUCAAGUCCAAGAACCAAGAACCAAUCAAUUGCAAACCAGGUAUUUUUAUUAUUAGGUUACGGAUCUUCAACUACAAAAAUUAUGUUAUUUCAGGGACUUCUAUAAGCAUAUCUUACGAGACACAGCUGGAAAAACAUGGUGCAUGAGAGACUGAGUAAUGAGAAUUUAACACAAGCCAGUCUGAAUGACGAUUCCUUAUGGGCAGCUCUCGAUAUGAAUAUACUUCAUUCACAAGCAGCUGAUUUCAUAUCCACAUAAACUGUGUUAUCAUGACUGAACAAACUUCAUUGUUACAUGGAUAAAUUGUCCCCAGCAGUGGACUCAGUCUGAGGUUGUAAAUGAAGAACAGACACUGAUGUUAUAUACAGAAGAACAUAAACCUUGUCAGAAUAUACUGAGAUAGUGUGCAAAAUCCCUUCCUCACAGUUGCAACCUAAGUAUAAUCGUCCUAACACCUCUCUGUUUCCUUCCUUUGUUCCUUUUCCCUUUCAUUAAAAAAAAAAGUCAGUGAUAUAGUCAAUCUCAUGUUGUAAAACAGUCUCAGUUUUCUAAAGUAACGAAUCCUCUUUGUGUAUGGAUGUAGGGAUGUGUGCGUGUGUGUGCUGCAUGUAGAUAUUACACGAUUAAAAGGAGUGACAUUCUGGAAGGACCUGGAAUGUCGAGAAGUAAAGUUUGCAUUUUUAUUUCCAAUAUGUUGUGACCAGAACACAACUUCAGUCAACUGCUUCAUUGCCAUCCCAUCCUUACUAAGAAAUGAUCCUGUUCAACCUUUCAACUCAUUAGCGUGGCAGUAUCUGGCUGCCCUUGAAAGAAUUACCUGGGAAGCUUUCGGAAAUACAAAUUACUGAGCUUUACGCCUGUAGAGAUUUGGACUCAGUAGGUGGCAGGUGUGGCCUAGGAAUCUGUAUUUAGAAAAUAUCUCUGGGUAAUGAGAAUAUAAAGCCAGAUCUGGGCAUCACUGAAAAGUAUUCCAAUAAUCCCAAUUACCAGGAAUAGAUACAAGUUGACUAAGAAAGUAGUGUAUUAUUUCAUUUGUAGUUAUUUUGAAAAGCUAAGUAUCCUGGGCUUUGUAGCAUUCUUUCUUUUACAAGUUUUAAGUUUAGCUUUGGUCUCAAAUUUACAGUCUGCUUUUGGAGCAGGAGACUUCCAACUUAUUAGAAACAGGAGUCAACACCAAUAAGCGUGAGGAACGCAGAUCGCUCACUCUAGGGCUGUCACGCACAGCUUCCGCCCGAGCCGCGGCACAUCUCACGGUAUUUGCGGAUCCGCACCACCGCGCUAGAAACGACAAGCUUCUGGACAGAGAAGCGAAUGUCAGAGUGACAGCCUGAUUUCUGAAUGCUUAGAUGUUUAUCUUAUAAAGAAAUCACCCACUUAAUACUUAGUCUCACUCUGUACUUUUCACAUUGAAUUGUGCAUUCAUCUCAAAACGAUUUCCUAGCAAUACUUUAUAACCACCUUUCAAGCAAUAAUUUAAGCCAUGGUAUGAUGCUGUAUGAAACCUGCACUUCUGUGCUCAUCAUAGAACCUUUAGGGAAAUAGAGACAUGUUUUAUCCAAGCAAUAAUAUAGCCAGUGUGGACUUUCAAAAGAUGUUCGUGAUUCCACUACAGCAAAAUGAGCAGCAGCAAGUGACAACCUGGGUAAAAAUGAUCUGAGCAAACGACAUGGCUCCUCUGUCUCAGGAGCCGUUCGUCUGCACACAAGCUGUAGUCACAGACUCCCAUCACAUUAUUUCUGUUGUAUAAUUUUUAAAAUACCUAUCAUAAUUUCAGUUCAAGAGAUCUGUGUAUGUAAUGUUGCCCAGACUCUCAUCUUUGUAGAAUAGUGAGGAGUAGUUAAGGAUGGAUAAAUGAGUAAAGGUAAAGCAUAGGCUGGUUGAGUUGAUUGAGAAUGUAGGCUUUGCAGAAACGUAGAUGGAUCUUGGGACAAGUUAAUUCACCUCUUGGUUUGGUAAGGUCUUAGAAGAUGAAAGAUUAAAGAUAAAAAGAGCUCAUUACUACUGUUUUCUAUGAUGGCAAAUGCUUAGUAUGUAUAACAGUAUGUUGCCUCCAGAAUGUGAUUGGUUGGACAUCAUCUGUAGUAUAAUAAACAUCUGAAAAUGAUUAUGUAGCCAUAUUGAAAAUAACCUGCCCUUCCCAGCUAUUUUGAUGAUAGCACUAAAGCUUAUACAUUUCAAAAUGAGUAAUUCAUAUUUUUAGUCUUAAAAUGUAAGGAACUUCUAUGUCCUCGAAAUGUAAGGAACUUCUAUAAUGAGGAACUUCUAAACAUCGGAUUAUUAUUUAGCAAAGUCAUGUAAACUUAGGAUCCAUUCCCAAAGCUCUAAAUAAGAUUACAGCUCCAAUUACUGCCCCUCUCCCUGAGGAAACUCUCUUCUAACCAUGAAUCUGAAUAUCUUUGGAAUGGUGGAUGGAUUUGCUGCUGGUUUAUCCUCCUGUUAACCAUUGCAAAAUGUAAGGUAGCAUGCCUUUUCUCACAGUUUAGAAAAUCCCCCUGUAAAAGUCCAACAGGACUGUUGAUUCCCUGAGAAAGUUUUUGCUAAUUAGCCUUUUGCAUAUCACCGGAUGCUUAAUUCUUAAUAAACAUGAUUUUCAUUGUUAAUAAAUAAUGGAAAAUACUUAAUUUGAACCUAUUAUAGUGACUUUAUCCUUUCAAUUCAUCUAGCUGGUGGUCAGAUCAUUCUAAAUAUUAGACUUACAUACCAUUGCUUAUUAUUUGAAAGCAGAAAACGAAAUAGCAAGCCUAAGUAAUCUCUUGUUUCUGAUUCUUUUGAUGCAUAGUUUAAAAAUACAGGAAUCAGUUCAUACUCAACCUUCUUCUGUAGCCUUUUCACCACUUGGAGAUAAAGAAGGGAUUCUACUAAAUACAUUUUUACUGUGAUCUAUUAAAUGUAAUUAAAUACAAGUAGGACCAUAAUGCAUUAGUUGGGGUACAAUCAGAAAUGUGCAAAAUUCCUGCUUUGCAUCACCCCACUUUUUAAAGACAAGCCCCUACUUUCCUGCCUGGCAUUGUAUUUGAGUCUCAGGACCCAGGGACCAAUGGGGAGGGUGGGGGUGGGCAAGAGCUUUAGAAGAGAAGGAGCAAAAAGGUUUAAUUUUUUUCUGCCUGAAGGUAUAGAUAUUCUUAAAGGAGAGGCAGUUUCCAUAAUAGACACAUGUGGUUGAAUGAAAGCCAGAUGACUUACUCGACUGCUGGCCAUUCUUAUUUUAAAAAGAAAAGAGGAAAAGAAAAUCCUUCACGAGCCAUUUUCGGUUUUCUUGGGAGGCAGCGUGAGCCUCUCAGCAGCUGCACGGAUCAGGGCGGCCGGGAUCAGAGCCCCCGGAGCUACAUACAGCGCAAGUCGGAAGGGGGCAGAGGGAAACGGCCUUGGUUACCACGGUGAAGGUAAAUGAAGGUGUCAGAACAUCUGGACCGACGGCACAAAGGAGGCCAAACACCAGCUCUGCCGUAUGUCACGGAAUAGCCUGCUAAAAUUAGUGCCCAAGAACCAACUACCAGUGCGCGAGUGAUGAUACUCGUUUUUUUUUUUUUUCCAUUUAUAACAUGCCUGGCUGAGCUAACGUUCAGUGAGAAGAAUACAAUUUGAUCUCACACAUCCUUUUUCUGUGUGUUCUGACAUUAUAGAAAUGAUCUCCUUCCCUAGUUGGGAAAUGUAAUCACUAAAAAUGAAAACCACCCUGUGUUCUAAAAUCAGUAACAUCAGUUUUGGAACUAUAGUCUUUUCUGUAUUCUUCACAUCGUCCUCAAGUGGGGCUUGGGCUGCUAGCAGAACAAGUGUUGGACUUUAGAUAGAAGCCCUUCUGACCCCGAGCCCCUCCUAGUGCUGCAGAGACGCUGCAGAGUGGAAGCCGGGGAGAGUCACCCCAGAGGCUGACGGCGCUCUGCAGCAGAGAAGAGGUAUUCUCAUCUUCCGAAAUUACAAGUGCUUAGUGGCGUCUUACCCUCACUGAAAGAUGUUUCACUUAUAUGUAACAGGUUAAUUCAGGCAGAGAUUGUUUAUAACAGAAAAAAUUUUAAGGGAGGAAACAAAUCUGAAUAAUUUUUAAUCAGAAUUAUCAGCCAGAAAGAGAAUUUAGGACAAAGAUUUGCUGUCUUGAGUCAACUUACAUCCCAAAGUUCAGAAUGCUAGACGCUUUUGAAAGCUUUCUAAAUGUAUCAAGUUCUUCAGCACUGAGAAAGAAAAAUAAUUUUAUUGAUGGAUUCCUUAAGGCUUUAUCCCCUGGAAAUAGCAUAUAAUCAUAAAAUGCAUUUAAAUUGGUUUUUUCUCUCUGUUUUCCAUUUGUGGCAGAAAAGAUAUAGAGGAUGUCACAGAAACAGAGUUACAAAUUGUGGCAUUAAGCCAUGGUUUGCAAAUUUGGCAACAUUCUUUUACUUAAAAUACUAAGCUGUAUUUAAUGACAUAAGGGAUAAGAAUAAUCGUCAAAUAAUACUUUAAUAAUAAUCACAUUAGGAUUAUUCAUAUCCAUAUUCCUAUUAUUCUCAGAAUAAAAUCUAAGUCAAAGCUAAUUUAUAUUCAAAUCAUUUGAACAAUAAAUAUAGUCUACAUCACCUCUGACUAACAAGAAUCCAUACAUUUCUGAGCCCAAUAAGACAUCAAAUUCUAGAACUGCUCUACUUUAAUGGUCUCUCCUUUCUGCUCAAUAUCACUAACUUUCAAGGCCAGCAAGAGAAGGUAGCUUUCUUCUGAGGCUGCGGUGAUCUGGAUCAACAUAUCCACAUAUAACCACUUAAAACACUUUUUUUUUUUGCUUUGUUCAUUCAAAUCUCCAUGAAGUGAAGCAAAACUAUUCUAGUGGCCAGAUAGUUUAUUAACAACUUGAAACCCCCCUUCCAAAUUUUAUUGGUAAAAAUUACCAUGUUGAAAUUAAAGCCAACGCUUGGCUGGGAGUCUCAGAUGAAUUGUUUUUUAUUAUUUGACUAGAAAGAACCUAUCAGGAAAAAAUUAACUCUUACGGUAGAUUGCCUUCUAGCCAGGAAGAUCUCAAUAGCCCAGAUGACUGUAUAACUUUCUACAUUAAUUCAGAGAGUUGUUUUAAAACAUUCUUUGAUUUUUGCUCUUCCUGUGCAAAGAUAAUUAUUAGUGGAUGACAGCCAAAAUUAUUAUUCCUUUUUUUUUAAAUCUGUUUCAAAUGUGUCACCAGGCACUUGUAAAGCCCAUUCCUUUCUUUGUUAUAUCACUCAAUGACCUGGAAUAAUAGGUACUCACUGCUUUUUCUUUUGAUCCUUAAAAUCACUUUAUUCUCUAUCUAAAGGAAUUCUCCUACUGACAUGCAAAUGGAUACCUGACUAUGGGAGGCAUCCCAUUUUAUGAGCAUACAUGAAAUACUUUUGACUGGAUUCAGCUGGACUACAGGAAAAAGGACGGCAACAGGGAAGAUGAAAAGAGACAGAAAAAUCUAAUUUUGCCUACAUUAAAAUUAGGUCUAUAGCCCAACCCCAUUAACCCAGAAGAAAGCUGGAAAAAAGAGGAACUGGUUAUAGAUUUUUAAAUACAGUGUUCAUAUUUAACAGAAUGUCAGAAAGUUCGUCAUGUCAAAACUUUGAGAAACAAGAAACUGUAAAAGUAUGCUCAUCGGAAUGAAUGUAUGUAGGAGCAGAGGAACUUCUUGCCUUAUACAUGCCCCCCGCCCCACCCCUGUACAGAGGUUGUCCUCUGUGGGGAAAACGUGGUACUGUGUCUUCAAACAGCAUUUGCCGUAUGUCCUCACGGACGCUAGUAUAGUCUUCUUGAUAAUAAGAAGGAGCGAAAGGGUCCAAAUCCCAAUGUGGCUGUAACUUGAGCAUCAGAAUUCGAUGUUGUUUCUGAGCAAGACUCUUGGCGAGUGUGACGGGCAUGGCCUCUAUGUCCAGCUGUUGUGCGCAGGCAACGAAUCAGGCCCUCAAAGGAGGCCAGCACCCUUAGCUUCUCUCUUUUUUUCUUUUCAUUCUUUCUUCCUCUCCCUCCCCCCCUUCUUCUCUCCUUCCUACUUUCCUUCCUUCUUUUCUUUCUUUGCAGCUCUAAUGAAAGAUGCGAAAAUCGUGUGUCACUACUUUGGCUUGGGGCUCCUCGUGUCCUCUUGCAAAUCACUGAGCACAGUGUGGCUUCAGGAGGUAAAGAGAAGAAGGUGCACACUUAGCGUUUGGGAUGGAAAUGACUGAGACCAUUGAGACCUUGGCUUCUCAGUUCAAAAAACAGGAGAUUAAAAUGCAUCUAUGUUCCUUUAUACUGAAUUUGAACACUUUCUCAAGAAGUUUCAGGGUCCACCUUUUUGGACAACCUAUUUUUGCCCUUACAAAGAUCUUCAUUUAGCAAAAUCCUAUUACUUUCAAAUAGUAAAUUUUUACUUGGGUACUACACUGCUCAUCACUGAGAUAGAAAAGAAGCUUCUUCCACUUGUAAGGAGGUUGCUUUUUAAAAAACGACUUUCCAAUAAGGCCGAUAUACCCAAUGCUACUUGAUUUGACUGGCUCUUUACCUAGAGAUGGCCGUUACACUGUCUUGCUUCCUGAGUACCCCUCUGUAACUCAGUUCGGCAUAGCAUGGUGUUUGGGGUUCUUUUUGAGGGUCUGAAAACAUUUGCCAUCAAUUUUGUAAGUCUACCGUAUUGAAAAAGCAAUAUACAAUGUAUUCCCUCUUAGCUCUCUGCCUUUGAGAUCCUGGUGUACACAUCUGAACGUACAAUUUCACUUAUUCACCGGAAUUAACCAAUUACCAUGCUCUUAGAAAGACACCGGUUGGAUCAUUUACAAGUCCCAGCUCAAAGCCAUUCCCCACCCCCAGGGAAAAUUCAAUCAUUUCUAGCAAAGUAUUUUGUUCUUAAGGGAAAGGAAGUAAAUUAUCUUAUUUAAAAGAGUAAAAAUGAGGAAGGCAUUAUGCCUUUUUAUCUUAGGUAUCCCCAACACUAGAAUGAUUUGAGCAAGUACUGAGUAAGAUUUAAAGAAUCUUUAAUCCCUGAACUGAAAAUAUUUUCAUUUUUUGUUAGUAUAUUAAUAAUAUAGUCAAACUCCUUAUCAAGUAGUCUCCAUGAUGUAAGUGUGUGUUCACUAACAGAAAAUUAUAUAGAAAUAAUACAGCUUUUUUCUUUUCUGGAAAGAUGCGCUCCUAUAAGUCAAAUAUCUUUGAAUUUUGGUUCUCACUUCUCAUUAUUUAUUAUUUUUUUAAAUACAUCUCAAGUGUCUUCUACUCUAACAGAUCAGGUGGUCAGUGCAGGGAAGGGAUAUGACAACUUCAGAAAAAUUAAAAGUUGAAAAGGGUAAAUUUCAAUGUCAAUUGACAUUUACUUAUUUCAUGCUGAUUUAUUGUGAAAUUGUGAAGAAACAGGCAGCUACCAUAUAAAUUGACACUUAUGAAAAUACAAGUACUUUCUUCCUGUGAUUUUCAGUGUUAAGAAAGCCUGUGUCUUGAAAUAAUACACCAUAUUAAUCCUUGUUCCACUUCAAUGCCUUUACCAUUUUUAUUUCUUAAUGGAAAUAUGCUUAAUAAACACUGUAAAAAUAGAAGAAAUGUGGCUAAGGAAAACAGAAGAAAUUAAGAUCGGAUGUGAACAACUGUGACCCACAGUCCUAUUUUCUCAGUUUUGUUGUUCCUGCUGAGUUGGUGUCUAAGGCCCAGAUUGGCAAAGUUUACAAGCUACUAAUCACCGUCUCCUUUAAAACUCUGGAGAUAAGCAAAUAUUAUUCCAACUAUGUGGACAUUGAUUCAUGCCAUCCUGGCAGGUGUUGACUACCAUGAAAAUCAUGUUAGGUUCAAAUUAAAAAAAAAAAAAAAAAAAAAAAAAAAAAGGUCCAUGGAGAGAAAGACUUUCUGAGUUUUCUUAGAGAUGGAUAAGCAGCUUUCACCUUAUUAAAAAAAAAAAAAAUCUUCCUGGGAGUUUGGCCUUGGAAAAACUCCGACGUUUUAGAACAUCUGCCUGCAACUCCAUUAUAACUUUGGUAAUCAAGUGACAGAACUGUCUCAUUAUGCUUUUAAAAUGUACCGAUUAAGUGCAUUCCAGAAAUAACACAUAUCAUUCUUCAUUUCAAAAUCAACCUACCUGAAUUCUGACUCUUCAACUGUGAGUAGCCAUUUUACAAAACCAAAGGGUCUCAUUUCCCAAAACCGUACUUUAGAUUAAAAAAAAAAAAAAGCCACCAAAAAACAAAAAAACAAAAAAACCACCUUGCCUGUUCAUUUCAGUGUAUAAGAUAAAUAGCCAAUGCAUUUCCAUCAACCAUCUGCCCUAUAUAAUCAUCAAUAGGUCCCAACUCAAUAAAAACACAGUUACAAUGUGCUAGGCCUUCAUUCGCUUCCUCUGCCUUGGGUAGGUUUUAUGUAACGAGAUACCUGAAUUAUUUUAAUCCUUUGGCUAAUUCAUUUGCUGUAAUUUCAUGGGUCUAAAUUUUUGGUUUGGCUUGCAAUGUAAAUACUGUUGUACAUCUGCUAUUUUGCUAUCAGAUUAUACUUUGUGAGUCAUUUCUUUUAAAAAUCUAGUGAUCAGAAACUUGAAUUCCAAUGUCAUUAAUAAUAUCAGGUAAAUAUACUAAUAUAUCUGUAAGGCAUGGUUAAAUUGCAUAUAUUUUGAAAUGUCAAGCUAUGUUUUUUUAAAGAUGAAUGCAUUUCUUAAACCUGUACCAUUCAUUAAAAAGUUUCAUUUGUUGUUUCAUAUUAUAUUUUAAAAUAUUUUCCUUUAUCUAGUAGUACAGGUUUAGAGGAACUUUUCCGAAUGAAAUGAUAAAAUAUGCCUCAUUUCACUAGAAUUUUAAGAAUAUAGUUCAUGUACAAGUAUAUAAGCACUUACAGGAUUAUAAACCUCCACUGUAUCUUCUUGGGUUUUCAUGUAACACCACUUUUUACUCACGUGAUUAUUUUACUUGUAAUUGUUCUAAAUCACGCACAGUGUAAAUAGCAUGUUUCAUUACGAAAAAUGUCUUUGUAUUUACAGACUGCAGAGUAAGGUAAAUUUGUAUAUGAAAAAUGAUUGAUGAAAGCCUGGGAUUCUUAUAAAACAAAGUGGAAAUGACAGUUGUGUGUUAUAUUUACAUAAUUCAUUACAAAAUUAAGUCAUUCAUUUAUUUACUUUCUAAGUCCAAACUGUCACUUAUAAAAUAUUUAAAUCAAUAAAUGAUACUAAA